UCACAUUUUGGCGCAUGCCACGAUGUAUCCCGUUUGCAUUAACCUCGCGAUGAAAACAGCCUUGAAAUAGGUGCACACGAUUCUUAUAAUUCACCGUGAACGAUUAAUUAUAACCCAAUAAUGUGUCGUAAAUUUUAUAUUCAUAACAGUUAUUAUAAAAAUAUACGGAAUUAAAUCGCUAUAUCAUGCGACAAAUUCAAAGUGUGAAGGAAGGAUGAAGAAUGUCCCGCGUCGGCGAAGACGAAGGCGGAGGCGGCAGCAAUGCGGAGAAGACGGGAAACAGUUUUGGUGGAUGGUUCGGAGGUGCUGCGAGGGCCAUGACAGGGGGCAGCGGUGGGACUGGUUACGUUGUUCUCGGUGGUCCUCGUUACGGUUUACAUUUAUCUCAGGACAGUCUAACAUUGACAAACUCACGAAAAGAGGGUCAAGAUCGAAGAAGAAAGAGAAAUUCACGUGAUAGCGAAUCCCGUGAACAAUUAACGGACAGAACAUCCGGUGAAAAGAGUGGAUCAUCAAUUGAAUUUGUCAACAGUGUGACUGAUUGCUGUUGCAUUGGUCCACGAUCGCGACUACCUCUAUCGCGAAUUCCAUUAUCGUCACCGUCAAACGUGGGUCCAAUCUCUCCUACUUUACCUCAAUCUCAACAAUCUCCCACUCGAGUGGCGGUGGCAACUGUGGAUCCAGCGACGCAACUGCCGCCGCCAAACUCAAACUCUAAUAAUAACUGCGGGUGGCUGCAAACGGGUAGUAGCGGCAUCAGUACCAACUUUAACGUCGGCCACGGUCCGACAUCAUUUUCCUCUUCUUCAUCUUCAUCUUCCACCUCUUCUUUUUCAUCUAUCGUCUCGUCAUCAACGACGACAGCAACGUCAACGUCGCCAACGAUCACUACUUCAGUAUCGCACUCCAUCUCUGUGCCGCGACAACUCGCUCAAUGGACCAAACAUCAGACUCUUAAACUCCAGGAUCCAACAGUGACAGCAGUGGAUCGUCUUCAGAGAUUUCGAUGGAGCGGGGGUGGAGGAGGAAGUGGGAAAAAGUCCUCUUCCGGCCCCCGCAGCGACAAGGCCGAGCGCCUUCGUGAACUGACGGAAAAGCUCAAAGGACCAGCACCCGUCCCUCCGCCUCGACGACCUUCGCGUGUGCAAACAUCACCACCACCUUCGAGUGAAUGCCAACAAAACCUCUCAUCAAACAAUCCACAGUCUCCACAAUCGGUGGAAAUUGAUGAUUGUAAUCGUUACGAUGGACGACGAAGUAACACCUACAGUGAAGGCAGCCAUGGAUCAUCAGGGAAUAAUGCAAAAACAUUUGUUCGAAGUGAAAGUGUCAGUGAAGAAUUAUAUGGUGAUGUUCCAUUGGAAUCAAAUAGAAAAUCAUCAGCAAGUGUUGAUUCAAUGGUGUGGGCAAAAAAUGGUUCAAAUUUAAAUAAAACAAAACAAAGAAAUAGUGCCGAUGUCAGUGAUAUUGUUGUUGAUGAUAAUAAUAAGUGUAUUUUAAGUGAAUCAAACAAUGGUGGUAGGCAUUUGAGGCAGUACAGUGAUUCAAUGGUGGACAGUGCAAAAGGUGUAAAAGUCGAUUUUCACGAACCUAUUAGUAAUGAGAGCGAAGCAAGAGAUGCAAUAACAAGAUUAGAACCACGUGGACCAUUUCUUUGCUUUCACAGAACCAAUACACCUUAUAGAAGUGCAUCAUUUGGACAAGUGGAUUUUAAUCAGGUUUUAGCUAAUCGACAAAAGCUGCAAGCGAACAAUAAUUCAAAUCCAAUAGACGAGAAGGAAAUUAAAGCAAGCACUUUGCCAAGACGUCGUGGACAAGUUAGUCCAGAUGUUACAACACCAAGAAACAGUAACAGUCCAAAUCACCAAAGUCCAAGAGCUUCAACACCCAGUCUUGAUAGUGCAGUUGGAUCAGCUGAAGGUCUUGGUGUACCACAAAUUGGUCUCAACGAACUACGACCAAGAAGCGAUGGAUCUGACAGUCUUGCAACUUCCAGUGCCCUAACGAGUCCAGAACCACAAGUUCACGAAAUUCCCGAACCUCGCGUCAAUUUAGUUCAAUCCAUUGAAAUUAUCAACGAUUCAACAUCAACUAAUGAUCGACAUUUUGAAAAUCGAAUAUCAGAUUCUGGACAAAGAGAAAUGAGACUGGAACCACAUGAAGUGAUAGUGACACCACCUAUUGAAGAGCCGAGGUUAAGUCAAGCAAGUGAAGGAAGUGAAGCUCCAAGUGAAGCAACUUCAGAGACUUCUUCGCCUUCGGGCAAAGUGAGAAGAUAUCGGGGAGACACGAGUAAAAGAAGAAAAGGAGUUUACAUAACUCAAUGGCCUGAACCAUCGGACAUUGAUCGAAGUAAACUCGUAGCUCAGAGUAGCGAGGAAAAAGAUGAUCCACCAGCAACGCCUAGUGAUCUCUCCGAUUGUGAGGGACAAGUGCCGAGAAGAUACAGUAAGAGACCAUUGAGAGGUCCAUACGGUCAGAUGCUGGAAGCAGAAAUGGCUAAACCACGAACAACGGAUAUGAAUCUUGAUGAGGGUCUACAUCAAAGAAGAAAAAUUUCAGCUAAUCUCUCUUUUAAUUCAAGUACAAAUAGCAAUUCUGAACCACCAACGCCUUGUCAUCAUAGAACAACAUCGAGUCCUAGUAAAUUGGAAGGAUUACCUGGACCAAGUCCUGAACUAUUGGCCGAACUUCUACGAGGUUCCUCAGAGAGAGUUGCACGUGCUCCAGCUCAACGGAACAAAUUAUAUAUACAAAACAAAAAAGAUACACGAACGCAUGUUGUCGUUGAACUAUACGAUACAGAACGAUCUUACGUCGAGGCUCUACAAAUACUAGUCAAUAAAUAUUUGCAACCACUCAAGAGUCCGGAAAAUGCUGGUCUUGUUGAUUCAGCGACAGUUGAUGAAAUAUUUUAUCAGAUUCCAGCAAUACUUAGUCAUCAUGAAGUAUUUCUCGAAGAAUUAAGAAAACGAUUAGAAAUAUGGGAACCAGGACAGACAAUAGGAGAUGUAUUUCUUAACGUGUUUAUGAAACCUGUUGUCCUGGAGACCUAUACACUUUUUCUCGAUAAUUGGAAAUCGGCAAAGACUGCAAUUAAAAAUACCUGUCAAUCAAAACCAGCUUUUGCACGAUUUUUAGAGACAAUGGAAAGGGAACAUAAAGGUAAACUUGGAUUAGAUCAAUUGCUGAUAAAACCUGUUCAAAAAAUUCCACGUUAUGAACUUUUAAUUCAAAGACUAUUGAAACAUACUGAUUCAUCGCAUCCUGAUUAUGAACUUUUGUCAGCUGCUCAAAAAGAAGUUCAUGAAUUGGUGGUAAAAAUUAAUUGUACCGAAAGAGAGAGUCUUGAAUGGGAACAACAGCAAACAACUUUGAAAGAAGUUCAAUCACUUGUUGAAGGACUCGCGGGAAUAGUUGCUAAUGAUAGGGCAUUUAUUCGUCACGAUCUGGUGACAAUAGCAUCCAAUCAAGGAACUCGAAAAGAACGAGCCCUAUUUUUAUUUUCCGACCUAUUGGUUAUAACGAGUAUCAAACGAAGAAGCGGAACGAUAAGAAAACCAUCAACAAGUUCGUGUCCAAAUAGUCUGGUUGGUCUUUUGGAAGCAAACAAAUACAAAAUGCUAAUGAGGAUUUCUUUGGAUGAUCUCGAGGUGAUGAAAGCCAAGGAUGAAAAUUUACGAAGAAUGGCACGAGAAGUGGAUCAUUUGCGAGAGGAUUGUGCAACGUUAAGUCAUCUUCAAGAACUAUCAAUGUCUUUACAUGGAUCAAAACAACAAUUAGAGGACUUGAUAAAAGAAUUACUCAGUCAUUCACAAAGGCAAUUAGCAGAGAGGAAUACCGCACAUUCGCAAUUAGCAUGCCUGGAACUUACUCUCAAUACUCAAGCAGGAGUCGAGAACAUUUCGAUUAUGUUUACAAAGCCGGACAAACGUGCAAGUUGGGAAGAGAGUUUCAAUGAAGCCAAGCAAAAAUUAGCAUUGUCAGCCGAUAGGAGACCUUGUCCUGAAUUCGUAGGACCUUUGCCAAUUCGAAAGACACGAGCUGGCCUUCAAUUUACAUGUGCUGCACCCACAUUGGCAAAUGAGCAGGGAAUAAGGGAUGUGUGGGUCUGCAAUAGUGACGGUUACGUAGGUCAAGUUUGUGUCUUGAGCCUCAGUCCAGAACCACCACAAGUCACAUCUUGCAAUGGGGUUUGCAACGCUAGAAUUCUUUGCGUUGCCGGCAUUCCUGCCGCAACUACUGGAACGAGUUCCCUACCCAACAACAAUACCUUUGUCAAUAAUAAAAGUGGAAUUAGUAUCUCAAUUCAGGAUACGGAAACAAGCAGUGGAAACAUUCAACUCGACAGUAGUUCGAGCUCUGAAGAUUCGGAUUCUGACGACAUUCCAUGCGCGGACGCAGCGAGUACCUCUUUAGGUGGUGACGUAUCAAGUAUCGAUGGAGUAACCAUCGAAGAAGACUUUAAUCAACCGACAAUGUGGCUAGGAACUGAGGAUGGUUGCAUUCACGUCUACAAUUGUAGCGACAAUAUAAGAAUCAAGAAAAAUAAAGUCAAAAUUCAACACGGCAGUAAUGUUAAUUGCAUUAUUUAUCUGGACAACAAAGUCUUUGUUUCCCUGGCAAAUGGUGAUGUCACGGUGUAUUCGCGAGAUCAAUUGGGAAUUUGGAAUACGACAGAUCCAAUGACUGUUUCAGUCAGUACAGACGCUUCACCUGUUACCAAAAUGCUACCAGUUUCGGGAAAAUUGUGGUGUGGUUGUCACAAUACAAUUAAAAUCUUAAACACCUAUUCUUUGGAUAUCGAACAUACUUUUACAGUUAAUAACGAUGCUAGUCGAACGGUAUCCUGUAUGGCAAGUUCCGGUGGUUUGGGAGUUUGGAUUUCUCUACACAAUAGUGCAGUACUUAAACUUUUUCAUGCAACCAGCUAUGAAUGUUUAUCGGAUAUCAAUAUUGCUCCGGCGGUAACAAAAAUGCUUGCUACAGGUUGCGAUGACAUAAUUAGACAACAUAAAGCUGCUUGUCUAAGGGUCACAGCUCUAUUAGCUUGCAACGAAUUAUUAUGGAUUGGAACAAGUGCAGGAGUCCUUUUAACAAUGCCUAUUCCUCAUAUUAAACCAUCCACACAAAGAAUGACACAACUUCCAAUUGUAACAGGUGUUCCACAUGGACACACAGGUCACGUAAGAUUUUUAACAUGUGUUGAAAUGUCAACACAAUCGAAAAAUGAUGCACGUCCAAAAAUGAAUCGUUACACAUAUGAUACGGGCAAUGUUCCACAAAAUAAUAUAAAUCAUGGAAAAAUUCUUGUGAUAUCGGGUGGUGAUGGAUAUGAGGAUUUUCGUGGACCACAAGCAUCAGCUGAACUUCAAGCUGGUCGUGAGGAUUCGACAAAUCAUCUUUUAUUAUGGAAAGUUUGAUAUAACAAAAACCGGCUUCAUGUCCGGAAAAUAAUUUCUGAUGAAUUUCGUCAUGACACGCCAUGUGAAUCGAGUCACGUCGUUUGACAAAAGGAAGAUGUCCCAGUGAUUCUUGAUAAAUCCUUGGGAUUAUUAAAUUUGCUUCUUGAACCAAUGGAAACUAGUUUGCCAUUUGGAGGAAGCGAUUUGCUUUCGACAAAGUUAAAAUGGACGGCCGGUUGGUUGGGCAAGGAAAAGAAAAAAGAGAGGAAAAAAAGUUUGGUUAAUGGUUUGGGGUCCUCGAUGGAAGUUAAAUCCCUAGCGAAUUUCUUUAUCGGCGAAAAAGAAAGCAAAUAAUAAGAGGGAUGGAGAAAAAAAAAGAGAGAGAGAAAAAGAGGGAGAGAGGCUUGUAAAUUUAUCCUAACAUCCGAAGCUAAUUUUCCAAAGACGUGUUUCCGAAAAAAAAAAAGUUUAUACGAUCUUGAAGUGAAAUUAUAUCCCUAAAAGUUCGAUAAACUCAUAAUGAACAACUUUCUAAUAAGUUCACUUUAUCUAUAAAUAUACUUAUCAGUAUUUCAAGUAUCGAAAUAUAUUUUUAGUUUUGAAAAAUAUGACAAUUUUUUUUUUUUUAUCAUUUUUUGUGAUAUAUGAGAAAUUUAUUUAUUUCUCUUGUUAAUUUAUUUAUUUUCAUUUAUAUCUUGAAUUUAUUUUAAUAUUGUAGAUAAAAUUCUUUUAAAUUUAAUAAGAUUGUUUUGAUAUGUAAUUUAAAGUGAUUUUAUCUCUUUGUUUUUAACUUUAAUUCAAUAUUGUAAUUAAUUUUUUUAAUUAAAUUGAAUUUUAUUAAUUACGAUUUGGAAAAUUAACUUUCAGCCUCCUAACUUUUCUAUAUACCAAGAAUGUCCUAGGGAUCAGUUAUUUUUUUUUCUGAAAAGAAAAUUUUAUCGCACUGCCUGAAAGUUAUAAUGAAAGAAUUUCUCGAUACUUAUAUCGUUUUACACAAUUGUUCCUUAAUUAUGAUUAAAAUCUAUUUGUUCUUCAAAAACUAAUUUUUUCUAAAUAGAUAUAUAUCAAAUAUGUACAUGUUUGUCAAAGGAAACUUUGUUUCCAUAAAUAAUGUGCGAACAAAAUUGUUUUUGUCCUGCAAUUAUUUUGCCAUAAAUUUUUGUACAAAAAAAAGAGAUCAUUUUUCAAAAAGAUCUUUUGUAAUUUAAAAAAAAAUGAAAAACAAAGUUUUCUAAAAAAAAAAAAAAAAAUGAAGCGCAAGAAAGCUUCAAAAGCUCUAAAUAGUAAAUCAUUGUCUAUUGUGUAUAUAUUAAAUGCAUAACAAUCAAUGUCUCAACUUUAUUGUAAUCAAGACGAUUAAAAAUUUCUUAUUAUAUAAAUAUUUCAAAAAAAUUUCUAGAAUCAUCUUUUCAAUAAAAUUUUCAAUUGUGGAUAAAUUAGAAAAAUUACUGCCUUUAAAUCAGACAAUAUAUAUAUAUGUAUAAAUCAUUUUAAAAAAUUUAUCAUUAUUAUUAUUUCAUUCUUUGUAUUUAAAUCUAAUUCUAAAUUUGUAUAUUGAUCUAAAUUUUAAAAAUAUUAUCAUUUCAAGACUAAAAAAAAAUUGUAGUGAUUAUUAAUUUAAAUUUAAAAUGCAGUACCUGAAAAAAAACGCGCGCCUAAAAUUCUAAUAAAAAAUAUGUGCCAAAAGAAAGAAAAAAAAUAUAACAGGUAGAAAAAAUUGCCUAAGUAGAGCUUUUUUCGUGAAAUUUCACAUUUUUCCAAAAAUUCAAAAAUAAAAUACAAAAAUUUUAUUCUUCGUGCAGUAGAAAUUUUUUAAUCUAUACAAGAAACAAAAAUAGUGAAAUAUUAAAAUUAAAUCUUUUUAAUUUAAUGAUAAUAAAAGUAUAUAAAAUUUCAACAAGAGAAAAUUAUAAAUAAACGUAUAUACAUUUUUAUUCAAUCUGUGUAAAGUAAAAUGACGAUAAAUUAUAUUUCCGUUUGUGUCUAUGAACGAAGUGCAUAUCUGCUAAAUAUAUUUGUACUAUAUA